AUGUCGUUGGACAAGACGCUCGAAACCAUCCUGCGGAGCGAAUGCGCUCACCUCGGCACACAGUUCACGUCACGAGGAGGCUCGACGGUGGUGGCACAGCCAAGCGGACGGAGGCUGUUCGCGAAGAUCGAGAGCUCAGUGGAGCAGACAGUGGGAGAAGCGGAGAGUCUCAAGGCAAUGGGCGCGGCGCUGAGCGACGACGACGGUAAGGGUGGCGAGGGCAAGCUAACGCCAGAAGUGCAUGCAUCUGGAAAGUCGGACGAUGGGCGAGCAUAUCUGAUCACGGACUACCUCGAUCUCAAGCCGUCGAUCAGCAGGAGUGGACAGAAGGUGCUCGGACAGAGGCUAGCGGAGAUGCACAAGCGGGGCGUCCACCCAGAUGGGCGCUUCGGCUUUGGCGUGGCCACCUACUGUGGUGUGACACGACAAGAAAACAGCUGGAACACUUCAUGGCCCAAGUUCUGGGCUGAUCAGAGGAUCGGUGACCUGGUAAACCGAAUCAAUGCCGACCAGGGAGACCCGGAGCUCAAGGAUCUGGAACAGCAAAUGCGCGACAGGGUGUAUCCAGUGCUCCUAGCACCGCUCGAAGCGAAAGUCAAGCCGAGCAUCCUGCAUGGCGACUUGUGGUCUGGGAAUGCAGGCACGGUCAUGGACACUGGAGAACCGGCGAUCUUCGACUCAAGCUACUAUGGCCACAACGAAGCCGAGCUCGGGAUCAUGAACAUGUUCGGAGGCUUCACACGGGACUUCUUCGACGCUUAUCACGCCGUCAUCCCGCGGACAGAGCCGUACUACAACGAGAGGCUCCGACUUUACGAGCUCUAUCACCAUCUCAAUCACUUGCUCAUGUUCAGGGGAGGCUACAGAUCCGGCGCCGUCUCGAUCAUGCGGUCGCUGAUCCAAUUCUGCGACAAUGUCGACGACGCCAAGUGA